GAUUCAGGGUCCAAGUUUUUGCAUUUCACGAGAUAGGCUAGAAACAUUUUAAUAUAUGUUUCAGUUUAAGAUAAAGUACUUUCAAAUAAGACACAAAUUAAAAUAUAUCUUUCUAAAAAUAAAAAAGGAGAGAGAGAGAGACAGAGAGAGCUUUUUUCAUUAAAAUAAUGCGAAAAUAUAAUACUGUCACUGGACAUUGGACUUGCUAUGUACGGUUGGUGUUGUAACUAGUCAUAAUAUCUUAAAAAAUAAGGAUAUUACAUAGUCCUUGACAACAUAAAAACCGCAUGUAAAAUCAUUAUACAAUAAUUAGAAAAUGCUGUUGGAGAUUAAAUAUAUCGUGUAACACAGCAGUACUUCGCUGUCACUUCUUGACAGGUUAUGACAACUAUCAAAAUGUAUUUUUGUGCGUAUUUAUAUGCGAUGUUACUUCUGCCCUGUAUUCGAUGUACUAAACAUCACGCGCCGUAAAGCGUCGACGUGACGCGCACCUUUACUUUAACUGUCACGCUCACGCUCCUCUCCUUCAGGUGCACAAACGUCUGCCAACCAUCUGUCAUUGAAAAUUAUCAAUGCAAAUAUACUAUUGUAAGCACGACACGUUAAACAGGUUGAACUUGUCUCGUUUUUCACACAAAUACACUUGCUGCAGCAUUAAACUGCACACAGAAGUAAUCCUGAGUCUGCUUACAAAGUCUUUUACCUGAAGGAUUAAUGUUCUUUAGCAAAAAAAGCAAACAUGAACAAUCAGAAGUUUAUUAGGUUGGUCAUCGGCUGCUUGGUGAUCGUUGCCAUGAUGAAAUAUUUCUUUAGUCCCAGCUCGAACAAAGACACAAGUCACAAGACCCACCAAAUCAUACAAGGAGGUAAAUUCUGGGCUAGCCAGCGUGUCCCACAGCCGAAUUUGGUUCAUAUUCAGCAGGAUCCAGUCAAAAAAGAACAUAAAGACAACACAGAGGUUCAGGCAGAGAAAACGGAGAAGAUCCAAUCAAACCAAGAGGAGUCCGAACCAGGAAUUCCUGAUGAUACGCACACAGAUUCAUUAAAAAUCGUGCACUUAGAUCUGAAAGGUGCUGCACCCAAAGUCAAAUACCUCGAACAGAUAUUCCCUCUACUGUCCUCUCUGGGCGCUAAUGGGAUAUUGCUGGAAUAUGAGGAUAUGUUUCCUUAUGAAGGGGAACUCAGUAUUCUCAAAUCUAGCUUUGCAUACAGUCCUGAAGAUAUAGAGGAAAUGAAGUCUCUGGCCAAACGGCACACGCUUGAACUGAUUCCUCUGGUGCAGGUGUUCGGACACAUGGAGUUCGUCUUGAAACACGAGAAGUAUUUCAAAUUGAGAGAAGUGGAAACAUUUCCCAAUAGCCUAAACUCUCUGGCCCCAGGAAGCCUGGAUCUCGUUCAAGACAUGCUAACGCAGGUUAUGAAGAAGCACCCAGAAGCAAAGUGGUUCCACAUCGGUGCCGAUGAGGUACGUGGCCUGGGCGAAAGUGACGAUUCGAAGCGCUGGCUGGAAGCCAACAAUAGAGACACGGGGAAGCUUUUCCUCAAUCAUGUGACCUCAGUCGGGAGAUUUAUCACCAAACUGAAUCAAGGAAUCAAGUUGAUCUUGUGGGAUGACAUGCUUAGGAAGGUUAGCUCCGACACCAUCAAAGAAUCGGGUUUGCGAGACAUUGCAUCGCCAAUGAUAUGGAAUUACAUCCCGAACAUGGAUGUGAAAGAGAUUGGUAGCUAUAUACAGAAGUAUGAGCAGGCUGGAUUCAAGGGUGUGUGGUUUGCUAGCGCUUUUAAAGGAGCCUCUGGAAUUGACCAGAGAUGGACUCCAAUCAAUCAACACUUAAAAAACCACCUCCAGUGGCAGAAAGUCAUUGAAUCCAUGCCGCAGUACAAGUCUGUGAGAUUCCAAGGCAUUGCUCUGACUGGCUGGCAGAGGUAUGAGCAUCACACUGUGCUGUGUGAGCUUCUCCCAGUGGCCAUCCCUUCUCUGGCUGUCUGUCUUCAGACACUGAAAUACGGAUCAUUUGAUGCCAAGGCACAGAAGGAGGCUCAGCGCUUCCUUGGAUGUCAGGUUGAGCUGAGCAAAAACGAGUGUAAGGGUGCAUCCUUUCCUGGCUCAGAUGUUUAUGAAAUGGUGCAGAAGAUCCACAACAACCUUGAGAGUUCAGUUAAAAAGAUCACGGAAAGCUACCAUGUCAAAGGAUCAUUCAGCAAAUAUCAUCGCAAACACAACUUUGCAAACCCUCGAAAUCUUGCAUUUUUCAAAAAUGAACUGAAAAAAUUGAUGGAUGAAUGGGAUUCCUUUUUAUUGACUUUCCGGCAAAGUAUGGUGGCAAUCUUCUACCCAAACACUUUAGAGGAGUGGAUGGAAGAGAAUGUCAACGAACACAUAGAAAGACUUCAUGAGAUGGUGGUUGAUGUAGAACGAAUCAUAAAACUCAAUGGACAGCCAAAGGAGGAUCCUUCGAAAAAGAGGUGAAACAGACAAGUGGACCAACAGGAAGAACAUUCCAUAUAGUGACAACAUUAAUAAAAGUUUCACAGAAGUUCACUUAUUACACUGUGUAUGCACUUCUUGAAGAAGUGGAUUUACAACACUACACACUGAUACAUUUAAUUAAUCUGUUUUUCAGCUGACUCAAAAUGAUGUAAAUUAUUUGCCUUUGCAGGUACAUUGGUUCAGGUAAUGUGUUUUUAAAAUUAUAAUUAUUAUAAUUAUUAUUAUGAAAGUUUAGGGAUGGAACACAAUCAUCAUUCAUUUCUUUGACACGCAAAAUGUAUUUUGUACAUUUGUACGUUUGAGGAGCACAAACAGCUCUGUACAAUUGCAAAAUGUGGAAUCGCCAAAGUCGAUUAAAGAUACUUGGCAUGUUUCGUGCUAUAUCACUAUUACAGAUAUAGUUCUGCAUUAGCUAUAGAAGCAUUUACUACUCAAAACAUUAAAACGGGAAACCUGCUGGCCAUGGAGCUUGUGUUACUUUUACAGUAGCUAACAGUGCUAAUAACAGUUUUUCUGUGGGGUUUUGUGUCUGCGUGUGUGUUUGCAACUUAAAAUAAAAGCUUUUUUGUACUUGUA